AGGAUACUUGACAAGCAUGACAUUCCCGGUAUCAUGUCAUUUGUGACAUGCUGUUUUUGUUUGGACCAGUCAACUUAGCUCAAGGAAACCCAGUGUGAGAACGUACUUAAGAUGCACUUUGACCUCAGAGAAGGCCGCCAAGCGACCAGCAUGCCCCCGUCUCCCUCUCCUGCCCCAGGGCGCAGGACUUCCCUCGAUACAGUGGAUAUCGUGGUGCUGGUCAUCUACUUUCUGCUGAUUCUGGCUGUUGGAUUCUGGUCAAUGUUGAGGACAAAGCGCAGCACGGUGAAAGGAUACUUCCUGGCUGGGAAGAACAUGACCUGGUGGCCUGUGGGUGCCUCGCUGUUUGCCAGUAACAUUGGCAGUGGACAUUUCAUCGGCCUGGCAGGGUCAGGGGCUGCAGCAGGAAUUGGGGCUAUUGCAUAUGAGUGGAAUGGUAUGCUGAUGGUGCUGCUGCUGGGAUGGCUCUUUCUCCCCAUUUAUAUCGCCUCUGGGGUGGUGACCAUGCCAGAAUAUUUGCAGAAGCGUUUUGGCGGUAGAAGAACACAGAUAUUUUUAACUGUCCUGUGUUUAUUUAUUUACAUCUUUACAAAGAUAUCGGUGGACAUGUAUGCCGGUGCUCUCUUCAUUCAGCUCGCCUUACAAUGGAACAUCUACAUCGCUGUGGUGCUGCUGCUUUCAAUUACUGCUCUCUACACUGUUGCAGGUGGUCUAGCUGCAGUUAUCUACACAGAUGCUGCUCAAACUGUUAUAAUGCUGGCUGGAGGGCUCACCCUCAUGGUCUUCAGCUUUGCGGAGGUUGGAGGCUGGGAUGCUCUGAUGAGCAAAUACCCCAACGCCAUCCCCUCGGUACGCGUGCCAAACUCAACCUGUGGCAUCCCUCGAGAUGACGCCUUCCACAUAUUCAGAGACCCGGUGAACUCUGACCUGCCUUGGCCCGGGAUCAUCAUCGGCAUGUCCAUCCCCUCCAUGUGGUACUGGUGUUCUGACCAGGUUAUUGUGCAGCGAUCAUUGGCUGCUAAGACCCUCACCCAUGCGAAAGGUGGCUCAUUAAUGGCGGCUUACUUAAAGAUUCUGCCUUUCUUUGUUAUCAUGCUGCCGGGCAUGAUCAGCAGGAUACUUUACACAGAUGAUGUGGCGUGUGCAGACCCUGAGUUGUGUCAAGAGAUUUGUGAUAACCCAGUGGGAUGCUCAGACACCGCCUAUGCCAGACUGGUGAUGGAGCUGCUGCCUACUGGCCUGCGAGGUCUCAUGAUGGCAGUAAUGAUCGCUGCCCUCAUGUCCUCUCUGACCUCCGUCUUCAACAGCGCCAGCACCAUUUUCACCAUGGAUCUCUGGAAGACUUUCCGAACCCGUGCAUCUGAGUGGGAACUUAUGAUUGUGGGAAGGUUGUUCGUGCUCGUGCUGGUGGUGGUGUCUGUGCUGUGGAUUCCUGUCAUCCAGGCCAGUCAGGGGGGGCAGCUUUUUAUCUACAUCCAGUCCAUCAGCACCUACCUGCAGCCUCCAGUGUCCAUCAUCUUCCUCACAGGCUGCUUCUGGAAGAGGACCAAUGAGAAGGGUGCAUUCUGGGGCCUGGUUAUUGGCCUGGUGGUGGGCUGCAUCCGCAUGUUGUUGGACUUCAUUUACCCUGCGCCCCAGUGCUUCGAGGAGGACGACAGGCCUGCGGUGUUGAAAUACGUCCACUACCUGUACUUCUCCAUGUUGCUGUCCUUCAUCACGCUGUUUGUGGUGGUUGUAAUCAGCCUGGCUACAGAGGAGCCCAAACCAGAGCAGAUUACUCGCCUGACCUGGUUUACAAGGUUUGACCCAGUGGAGCCCAAAGAGCCCAAAGAGCAGGUGUUCACAGUGGAGGACAGCACUAUGACUUCAGAGGUGAACAGCAGUCCGACAAAUGGCAUGGGAGUCACAGGAAAUGAGGAGGAGAACAGCAAUGGAAAAGCAUGUCAUCACAGGAAUGACUCUUCAUCCUCCGUGUCCAGCGUCCAGAGAACGUCUAAGAUUAUGUCUGCCUUCUUCUGGCUGUGUGGGUUGGAGAGGAGGAAGCGAGGCGAUGAUGCUCCUGCGAUGCCUCCUCCACUUGAAGAGGCUAUCUGUUCUCUGGAGGAAAAGCCACUGCUACGACGCAUUGUUAACGUCAACCUGCUCAUUUGCCUCUCUGUAACUUUCUUCAUCAUCGGCUACUGGGCUUGACAGACAGGUUGUGACACUCAAUGGACACCUAGUGUUUUGGGUUGGUUAAAAGUUGUGUAUAGAUUUUUUUUUUUUUAAAGAAUGAGAAGAAAUUCCACUUUUUUGUUGUCCUUAAACUGACUGUAAACAUAAAUAUGUCCAUACAGUGAUGCUUUUUCCCUUCUUUAAAAGACAAAGGUGCUUGCUUUACUUCCCACACAUUUGUGGCAUGAUUUUACUACAUUGACGUUAGAGACUAGGUUUUAUUGUGCCGACAUAAUGUCAUAUAUCUUAAGAUAAACGCUUUAUUUACAUUGACUAUGUGAAUGAAUUACAGCCAAAGAAAAUCAAACUAUUAUGG